AUGCGUAAGUCGAAUAGGUUCAAUUCCGAAGCAAUUAUGAAGGUGUUGUCAGAUCAUACAGGUCAUUUUGUCGUUGGCAUUCUAGGGAAGCAAGGUGUCGGACAUAAAACGGAAGGAAUCGAUAUGUAUGUCACAUCAGAGCGAGUCAUUUUGUUAGAUACGGAGCCCAUUCAAAGUUGGACAGUGUUGGAAAGAGCUCUAAGAGAUGGUUUACUGAACACCAAUAAUAGCUUACCACCCGAUUUAUGGCUAGAGAUGGAAACGCUCUAUCAGAUCAUAUUCAUGAUAUCUGUGUGUAAUGUGCUGAUUAUAGCAACAGAUGGUCCUAAUAUUGAUAUGGAUAUUUUACGAUUGCUACACAGCGCAGAAAUGCUAAAAUUCCAUAUACCCGAUUUUCCCCUCUUGAUCAAUCAGCAAGAUUUGAACUACUUUCCAGAUAUUGUGUUUGUAUGUAACAAGUCGUCUGCCGAUGAUUUUACAUGGGAAAAGUGUAGAGAGCUGCAUAUAUUAUUAAGGCGUUAUUUCGAUAAAACGUCCAUGAGAAUACAAGGCCUAGUGAGCCUCGGCAAUAGUGUACCUUAUUUCGAAAUGGACGAUAUAGAAGAGGUGAACCUGUUUUUCCUACCUGAUCAAAAGGACGAAGUGAUUGAUAAAUUCGACUCGGUUAUCCAAUCUCUAAGAGACCAGGUAUUCGCGGCACCUAGACGACCAGGCAAAAAAGGGCAGGUGUCAGAAAAAGAUUGGUACCGAAACACUGUGAAGAUCUUUGAAAUAGUGCGUAAAUCGGAAUACAUACAAGAAUAUAUAAAUGUUCUCUGCAAGAUAAGAGAUUCCUAG